UCAAAUCCCAACGCGCACGUGUCACCCACCUAAAUAUGUAUCAGUUUUUCCAAAAUAUUUCCUAGUCUUACUUCAAGACUUGCCGCUGAAAGUUUAGUUAGUGGACAAACUUUUAUCUCACUUACCAACCGUUAGAACCAUUUUCUUACAAGCCGAUAGACGUAGUUUGAACAAAGAUGUCUACAGCUUCACUCUGUUCAUCCACCACAACUCAGAUCAAUAGCUUUGGAGGAGGCCUCAAGCUCCAAAGCACCAAUCUUUAUCAGCCUGCUUCAAUCACUUUUACAAGGAGGAAAAUUCCAACUGUAGUGAAGGCAACAUCUCGGGUUGAUAGGUUCUCAAAAAGUGACAUUAUUGUUUCUCCAUCAAUUCUCUCUGCUAAUUUUUCAAAAUUGGGAGAACAGGUUAAAGCAGUUGAGUUGGCAGGAUGUGAUUGGAUUCAUGUUGAUGUAAUGGAUGGCCGAUUUGUUCCAAACAUCACAAUUGGACCUCUUGUGGUUGAUGCCCUGCGCCCUGUCACAGAUCUUCCUUUGGAUGUGCAUUUGAUGAUUGUUGAACCAGAGCAACGAGUUCCUGAUUUUAUCAAGGCUGGAGCUGACAUAGUCAGUGUCCACUGUGAGCAAUCUUCCACCAUUCACUUGCAUCGUACACUUAACCAAAUAAAGAGUUUGGGAGCUAAAGCAGGAGUUGUGCUAAACCCUGCUACCUCACUGAGUACAAUUGAAUAUGUCCUUGAUGUGGUUGAUCUUGUAUUGAUUAUGUCCGUAAACCCGGGCUUUGGUGGGCAAAGCUUUAUUGAGAGCCAAGUAAAGAAAAUCUCAGAUUUGAGAAGAAUGUGUGUAGAGAAGGGAGUAAACCCAUGGAUUGAAGUUGAUGGAGGAGUCGGUCCUAAAAAUGCGUACAAGGUUAUUGAGGCUGGAGCAAAUGCUUUGGUGGCUGGUUCAGCUGUCUUUGGAGCUAAAGAUUAUGCUGAAGCCAUUAAGGAAAUCAAAACCAGCAAAAGGCCGGAAGCAGUUGCAGUGUGAUUUGCGACCGUCAAAAGAUUUGAUUUGAUUCAGUUGUGACAUCUGCUUUGUUCAUUCCCAUAUAUGUUUCCUUCUCAAUUUAUCAUCUUGAGUCAGAUUGUCGCUUCAGGACCGGAUUAACCACACUUGAAAAGAUAAAACCUUGAGUCUAGUGACUUGAUCAGCGCAUUUGUUAUCGGGAUAAAAGAAUGCCACUGUGAGGCAUACUUUGUUCCUCAUCAAUUAUAGGCACUGAAUAAUUCCAAUUUCCCUGAAGCACUUUGUAGCAGAUAGAUUUUCUAGUUGAAUUUCAUUUUACUCGUUUUUCCGUGAUUCUUCAAA